UUAAAUAUUAUAAUAAAUUAAUAUAACAAAAAGGUGAUGCCCUAUGAAAUUGCUGUUAUGCUUAUGAUCAACAUAGCGUGGAGAAAAAAUGACAUUCCAGCGCAUGCAUCAUGGUAGAAUUUUAAAAUGGAUGUUUCUUAUGGGGCAAUUUUUUUAGCGAGUGAAAUGACCGAGUCAGAGUACGUAGAUAAUUAGACUUGGUCUUGCCUAGGCUGGUCAUAGCAAUAGCAACGAUAGCGUCACUGUUGUGAAACCGCGUAUUGCCUUUAUUUAUUUUUUUGCAUAAGAUAAAACCUCUUCAGUCUCUUCUCUAAUGAAUCAGUAGUCACACCAUGAAAUUAUUGAAUCCUUUUAUUCAUUCCCAAUUCCAUGGCACCUUUUCUCAUUAAUCACCUCUUUGUUUUCCUUUUUUGUCUUCGAGCCAUAAACACACUUUCCACCACUGUUUCCAUCUCUGAAACUUCCAAUUCCAACCAAACACUUAUCUGUGUCCUGCAACACCCAAACCAACAAGGACAAUCAAAUCUCAACUGUACCAGCUUCCCUCAGGCUCAGGCUAUUACACUUGAUGUCAAUCCCAAUGUUUCUUACUCUCAGAUUGUGGGCGGCAACGGGUUCGUGUGUGCUUUAGGACCUUUGUCUUCUUCCAUCUCCGUCAUGGGCUGUUGGAGAUUCUCUGCCAAUGCUACAUACAAUGUUCCGUACAAACGCAUCUACCGUGGACCCCUCGUGGAAGAUAUCGACAGUGGCAACUCUCACGUUUGCGGUCUUGUAAGAAAAGGAAAUAAGAACAAUAGCCUUGAGCUGGAGUGUUGGCAAUGGCAUGGGUUCAAUUCAAGCAUGUCCAUGCCCAUGUCAAGCGUUGCAGUUGGAGAGAAUUUCGUGUGUGGCUUAUCAGAGAGAGGGGACGUUAAUUGCAGGGAAAGAGGAAGGGGUAAUGGGAGUAGGGUAAGAGUUGUGGUUGAUGCCCCUGCGCCCGGUGGGAAUUACAGUUAUAUCGCAGCUGGGUUUAGGCAUGCCUGUGUCAUAUCUGGUGAUGGUAGCUUGCAUUGUUGGGGAGACAUGGAGGAGGGUCAGAAACCACCGCAAGCUGGGAGCUUCAUUUCUCUGGCGUUGGGAGAGAAGCGAAGCUGUGCACUUGGGGACGACAGAAGAGUUGUGUGUUGGGGGUCCAAUAAUUUCAGCAUGCCACGCAGAUUGCAAGACACUUACUUCGAAUCAAUUGUGGCAAAGCGAACCGUUUUCUGCGGAGUCUUGUCUUCUGACUAUUCCUUGCUCUGUUGGGGUUCCAAAAUAUUUGAGUCAAACAACAAGGUGUUUGACGACGUCCUCCCAGGACCUUGUCGGAACGAGUGCCCGUGUGGGCCCCAGUCAAAUUCAGCCAAACUAUGUAACUCUCCUGGAGGAGUCAUUUGUCAACCCUGUUCACCCAGAGUGGUUCAAUCUCCCUCGCCUCCAUCGAACCAAAGUGGUGGUUGGAGCAGCCAAAUGGUGGCGUUUCUGGUGGUUGGUUGUGUGGGAUGCAGUUCUCUAUUGCUAGUCACGGCCUUCUUCCUUAACAGGUACUGCAACUCCAAACGCAGAGGAAGCCGCGUCCAUGACUCUGGCCGCUUGGAUGACGAUCCGCAGGCACAGGAUGGAUCUCGUGUUCUUCAGAAGCGCUUGAGCCACGCCAUAAGCAUGGGAAAUGGGAGCCCUUUGGAGGAGUUCUCCCUGGAGACACUGCUUCAAGUCACCAACAAUUUCUGUGAGGACAAGAGAAUUGGGCUUGGUAGCUUCGGUGCAGUGUACCAUGCCACCCUGGAGGACGGCAAGGAGGUUGCUAUAAAAAGAGCCGAAGCCUCAUCCUCAACCUACACAGUUUUGGGUGGGCAAGGGCAAGUGGACAAAGACAAUGCCUUUGUGAACGAGCUGGAAUCACUCUCAAGACUCCACCACAAGAACCUGGUCCGGUUGUUGGGGUUCUAUGAAGACAGCAAAGAACGCAUUUUGGUGUACGAUUACAUGGACAAUGGGAGCCUGAGUGAUCAUCUCCACAAGCUCCAAAGUUCAGCUCUCAUGUCAUGGGCAGUGAGAAUCAAGGUGGCUCUAGAUGCUGCAAGGGGCAUAGAGUACUUGCACCAAUACGCCACUCCACCAAUCAUUCACCGUGACAUUAAGUCUGCCAACAUAUUAUUGGAUGCCAAGUGGACAGCAAAAGUGUCUGAUUUUGGACUCUCUCUCAUGGGCCCUGACCCUGAAGAUGAGGAUGCCCACCUUUCACUUCUGGCCGCUGGCACUGUUGGCUACAUGGACCCUGAAUACUAUAGGCUUCAACAUUUGACCCCCAAGAGUGACGUCUACAGCUUUGGGGUGGUUUUGCUUGAGUUGCUCUCCGGCUACAAGGCCAUCCAUAAAAACGAGAAUGGGGUGCCACGAAAUGUUGUUGAUUUUGUGGUGCCAUUCAUUUUCCAAGAUGAGAUUCACAGAGUGUUGGACAGAAGAGUGGCCCCACCCACGCCCUUUGAGAUAGAGGCAGUGGCCUACGUCGGUUAUUUGGCUGCUGAUUGUGUUAGGCUUGAAGGUCGAGAUAGACCAACUAUGUCUCAAGUUGUAAAUAACUUGGAAAGAGCAUUGGCUGCAUGUUUAGCCAAACCAAUACUCUCUAGGUCCACCACCGAUUCUAUUUCUUCACAAUAGCUCAUCUUUCGCUCCCUUGAAUGGAUUCUCAAAAGAAAUUGUCAACUUUUGUACAUUUCUCCACCUUUUUUUUUUUAAAAAAAAAAAAAUCUAAUUUCGACGUCACCAGACGAGUCAAUUAUACUAACCCGGUCCAAUUUUUGUUUUAUUUUGUAAUGGAUGACUCCUAUAAGUGUAUUAUCAUAAAUUUGAUUCUUGCACCAACCAGCAAGGAAAAAAAAAUAUACACCAUGUUGAAUCAGUGCAUUUUAAGCAAAA